ACGCGCAGCCGCUCGGUUCGAGGCGGGUUAUUUUUGGGCAGGUCUGUGCGCAGAGGCGCCUCAAACGCGGAGAGGGAGCGAGCGGGAGCGCACGGCGCACAGAGCAGACGCGGCGAGCAGAGGGAGAGAAGGGCGCACGGCGUUUUUAGUGGCACUCAGCCGGUUCUGCCGCACGCUGGACGCGCGCAACAGAUCUGCGUAGCGACGGGCGACGGGUAGAGACGAACCUGGAUGCUUUUACACGAAACCCCGCAACUUGCAAUUCCCAAACGAAUGUUUCUUUUUCUCCUCGGUCCGCCAAGAAAGCAAUGCAGCCGCUGGCUGGGGGAGCGCAGCGCUCACUAAGUUAAAACUGGAAUUGAUCCGCGCUGCGUUUUGGAGCUAUUUCACUAUCGGCUUUUUGGAGUGCGCGCAAAUGCGACCGGGAAAAAUGAACGGACUUUUUCUGAGAAGAAUGUGGAAAGUUCUGGCUGUUUUGGCCGUGGCGACGCAACCCGUCGCGGGCAAAACGCUGAAAUAUCAGAUCUACGAGGAGCAGAAGGUUGGCACCGUGAUCGCCCGCAUGAAAGACGACGUCGCGGACGUUCUGGCUAAACUUCCCAGCUCGGUGUCGCUGCGCUUCAGGGCGAUGCAACGGGGCUCCUCGUCGUUCCUCGCGGUGCGGGAGCUGGACGGGGAAAUCAGCAUCAGGACCAAAAUCGACCGCGAGAAACUCUGCGAAAAGAAUCUCAACUGCUCCAUCCAGUUCGACGUGCUGACGCUGCCCACCGAGCACCUGCAGCUGUUCCACGUCGAGGUGGAGGUGUUGGACAUUAACGACAACGCGCCCCAGUUCGCCCGUGCCGUUAUCCCCAUCGAGAUAUCCGAGAGCGCGGCGGUGGGAGCGCGCAUUCCCCUGGACAGCGCCACGGACCCCGACGUCGGGGAAAACUCGCUGUACACGUACGCCCUGGAGCCCAACAACUUCUUCAGGAUCGACAUUCAGGCCAGGACGGACGGGGCGAAAUACGCCGAGCUGGUGGUGCUCCGGGAGCUGGACCGGGAGGUGCGCUCCGGGUACGAACUCCAAUACACGGCCUCUGACAGGGGCGUUCCCCCGAGGACGGGCACGACCCUCCUCAAAAUCAGUGUCACCGACUCGAAUGACAACAGUCCAGUUUUUGACAAGUCGUCAUAUGUCAUAAAUCUGCCUGAAAAUUCCCCCGUUGGCACUUUGCUCAUUGACUUAAACGCCACUGACGCCGACGAAGGCACUAACGCCAAAAUAGUCUACUCCUUCAGCAGUCACGUGUCGCCCAAAAUCAUGGAGACGUUCAAAAUCAAUCCCGACAGCGGUCACCUGACCCUCAUCAGGCGCGUGGACUACGAGGCGGUUAAUUCUUACGACAUCGACGUGCAAGCGCAGGACAUGGGUCCCAACUCGAUGCCAGCGCACUGCAAGAUCCUGGUGAAAGUGGUGGACGUGAACGACAACAAACCGGACAUCAGCAUCAACCUCAUGUCCUCUCAGGGGAACGGGGACGCGGCUUACGUGUCCGAGGCGUCCCCCCUGGACACGUUCGUGGCUCUUGUGAGGGUGGAGGACUUGGACUCGGGGCUGAAUGGAGAGGUGGAGUGCAAGCUUCACGGACAAGGCUAUUUCAAGCUUCAAAAGACUUACGAGAACAACUACAUGAUUCUGACCAACGUGUCUCUGGACCGAGAGAAGAGGUCAGAGUUCAGUCUGACCGUAGUGGCCGAGGACAAGGGGACUCCCAGUCUCUCUACUGUCAAACAUUUCACUGUGCAUGUAACUGAUGAAAACGACAACCCGCCCCGUUUUGAGAAGGGACGCUAUGAGAUCUUUAAAUCAGAGAACAACCCUCCUGGAGCGUACCUGACCUCCAUCAUGGCCACCGACCCCGACCUGGAUGCCAACGGCCAGGUGAGCUACUCCAUAUUGGAAAACUCCGUUCAUGGGAGUUCCAUCUCCACCUACGUCACCAUCGACCCCUCCAAUGGCGCCAUCUACGCCCUGCGCACCUUCGACCGCGAGGACGUGAGUCGCAUCUCCUUCGUGGUCCAGGCCAAAGACGCCGGCAAGCCGCCGCUGGUGAGCAACGCGACGGUCAUCCUCAACAUCCUGGAUGAGAACGACAACCCUCCGGUCAUCGUGGUCCCGCAGCUGUGGAACUUCACCGCCGACGUGCCGGCAUCCAAGUUCACGGAGGCCGGACACUUGGUGACGGUGGUGAGGGCCACGGAUCGGGACACGGGAGUCAACGCUGAGCUCAUCUGCUCCGUCGUCAGCGGCAACGAGGAGGGCUUCUUCCUCAUCGACCCCAGGACAUGCGAGAUCCACGCCAACGCCAGUCUGGAGAGCUUCCCCCACGAGCACGCCGAGCUGACGGUGCUGGUCCGAGAUCAGGGAAGCGAGAGCCUCAGUGCCAAGGCGGUGCUGAAGAUCACCCUCUAUGAGAACAUGGAGAACCACGUCCAGGUGAUGGACCAAGGGGAGUCUUCUCUCGAUGUGUCCCUGAUCAUCAUCAUCUCCCUGGGGGCCAUCUGUGCUGUGCUCCUAGUCAUCAUGGUGGUGUUUGCCGCCCGCUGUAACCGCGAGAAGAAGGACACCAGGCACUCCUACAACUGCCGGGUGGCCGAGUCCACCCACCAGCACCACCCCAAGAAGCCCUCGCGCCAGAUCCACAAAGGCGACAUCACCCUGGUGCCCACGGUGAACGGCACCCUGCCAAUCAGAGCUCACCACCGCUCGCCCUCGGCCACGCCCCCCCUGGACAGAGCCCAGAUGGGAAGCCGGCAGAACCACCACAGCCGCCAGUCCCUCAACAGCCUGGUGACCAUCUCGUCCAAUCACAUCCCAGAGAGCUUCGCCCUGGAACUGGCACAUGCGACUCCACCAGUAGAGCAAGUCUCACAGCUUCUGUCCAUGCUCCAUCAGGGCCAGUACCAGCCCAGACCCAGUUUCCGUGGCAACAAAUACUCCCGCAGCUACAGGUAUGCAUUACAAGACAUGGACAAGUUCAGCCUGAAGGACAGUGGCCGUGGGGACAGCGAGGCGGGGGACAGUGACUGUGACAUGGGGAGGGAAUCCCCGGUGGACAGGCUCCUGCUGGGGGAGGGCUUUUCUGACCUCAUACACCUUGAAAUGCACCACCGGCUUCACCCAGCUAUGAGAUUGUGCACGGAUGAAUGUCGCAUCCUGGGACACUCUGACCAGUGUUGGAUGCCCCCCCUCUCCUCGCCCGCCACCUCCGCCGACUAUCGCAACAACAUGUACAUUCCUGGGGAGGAGUCCGCCCAGCAGCCCCCCAUCGACGACGACCAGUCCUCCGUCGACUCCGAGCACCGCAAGAGCUUCUCCACUUUUGGCAAAGAGCCCGGCAGCGAGGAGGCGGCGGCCGGGGGCGUGGCUGCGGGAGCAGGAGGCGACGCGUGCGCGGCCGGAGGGGGGGGCGGCUCCCUCCUCACGGAGAUGAACUCCGUGUUCCAGCGGCUCCUCCCCCCGAACAUGGACUCGUACGCCGAGUGCAGUGAAACAAGUCCGCCCUCGGCCUCGUCGGCCGCAGAGAGAGGGAGCGGACGGAACAACGCCGUUCCCCAGGACAAUCGGAGGGGGUUGUUGCCGGGCGGGAAGGGCCCCGCCUACCCGCCGGGCGUGGCCGCGUGGGCGGCCAACACUCACUACCUAAACCCUGGGAGCGGAUCCGUGGCGAGCAACCAGCCCUCGUCCACCUCCACCUCCACCUCCACCAACGGACAGCCGCCGCACCUCAAGUGGCUGCCGGCCAUGGAGGAGAUCCCGGAGAACUACGAGGAGGACGACUUUGACGGCGUCUUUCAUCAGGGUCACGCGGGCGGCAAGCGCGGCGACGGCCGCCAUGAGCCGGGCAUAGACAGCAGCGAGCUGGUGCACGAGAUCAACAAGCUGCUGCAGGACGUCAGGCAGAACUAGCGUGGUGUCACUGCGGUCCGAGGGGAAGGGCGGGCGUCUCCACCUUCUGGGAUGUGCUUAUUCUUUGUGCCAACAUAUAUAAACAACACGAUGACUGUUUUCUCGUUAACUGUAAUGCUCGUCUCGUUUCUUUUACCAAAUAUGCUUUUCGACCGCUCAGUGCUGAGGUGACGCGCGGCGCACGAGGUCACGCGAAGGCAUCAAAGCGACCUUUCGCAAGUACAGAUUGCCCGGUUGCUGUCGCAGUCGCUCUUGGAAAGUUGCUUGAACGAGCGAUUUCAAACAGAAAUCCACUGGCAGAAAGUGAACCCUUCCUUCGUUUGUAAUGUUUACAGCAGCGUGCACAGACUCCACAGGGAGAGACCAACAGUGGUGUGAUCUAAUUUUUGCUUUUACAGUGUACAAUGUUGUACAGUGUCUGUGGAAAAAGGCAAACUCACUUGAAUAUCGUGCUCUGUCUCCUGUUUUGUUAUUAUGGAAUGUAACUGUACAAUUUGACCUUUGUAUUUUAAAAAUACACCCUUUUUUACUUCUAUAUAUUUAUAUGUGCCCAUGUAUGUUUGUACAGAAAAACAAAACAAAUGUCUAUUUUUUAUAUUUGUCGAUGCAUGUCUUAAUAUCACUUAACGUGUCUGCUUUCCUCUGCCCUGUUUGAUUUAUAAACCAGCUGUAUUUAAUUUCGUUAUUGAAUGUGUGUGUGCGUAUUAAAAUUAAUCACAUUCCAAUGCAGUUCCAUGUUGGAAGUCGAUUUUGUAUGGUAGCAUUGUGACCAGUGGCUGAUCAAUAAAGUGGAGGGAUUCAUAACA